AUGUCCAACGUCUGGUUCUACGAGCCCUACUACGAUUUUGAUCGUUUCAUCGAUGAUAUCCUUACGAACAACCCGCGUACGACGUCGGGUGAGCGUCAGCUCCAGCACCGCAGUGCGGAUAAAGGCGGGGCUGUUAUGAGGCCUAUGAAGCCCAGAAUGGAUUUGCACGAAGACUCCAAAAACAACGUCGUAACCGCCACCUUUGAGCUGCCCGGUCUCAAAAAAGACGACGUGAACAUCGACGUGAACGAUGGCCGGCUCACUGUUUCGGCUGAAGCCAAGACAUCUUCAGAGAGGGAUGAAGGCGGGUAUGCGAUUAGGGAGCGGUCGAGUGGAAAGUUGUCGAGGACGUUGCAGUUGCCUGCUGGUAUCCAGGAUAAAGACAUCAAGGCUAGCUUGAACGAUGGGAUUCUGACGGUUACCUUUCCCAAGUCGGCGGCUGAGAUGCCUCCCAAGAAGAUUACUAUCUCUUAA